AUGAGCAGAGAAAUAGACCAGAUCUUCUCGGAAAGAGCCUCGAGCAAAGCCCCCCGCUCCAGAAAAGAGAAGAAACAAAGGGAGGAAAGCUACAACAUACGGGGAACAGACGUGCUAGAGACAGACAUAUUUUCCUGCGACGGAUACAAAAUAUACACACAGGAAGAGCUCAACAUAGGAAAGGGAGGCCUAACAGACAAGUGCCCAAUUGACUGUAAUUGCUGUUUUUAA